AAUCUCACCUUAACCUAUUUCCAAGAAUGUAUCGAAGAUGAUUUAAUUUCUUCUUCUUUUUUCUCUUUCUCUUUCUCUUUCUCUUUCUCUCUUUCUCUCUCUCUCUACCUAUAUAUAUAUAUAUAUGUUCACUUUCGUCCGAAAUGAGAUUGUAACGUCUUGUUGAAAAAUUGAAUGACUUAAAAUAAAGAAUAGAGAAACUGGGGUCGAUUAGUAUCAAGAAAAGACAAAUAUAUGUAAUAAGAUCGCGUCGAUGUCACGUGGACGAGCAAUCGUAGCUCGCGAUUGGUUGGUUAAAAAUGACCUUUGUUGAAAUAAAACCAAUAGGAUUCUAAGAAUGCAAGAGGAAGAUUCGAACGAACGAACGAACGAACGAACGAACGAACGAACGAACGAACGACCGACCGACCGAUUGACCGACCGAUUGACCGACCGAUUGACCGAUCGACCAAAUACGAGCUCUUCAUUAUCGAUCGAAUAGGAUUUCUUCAUUAUCGAUCGUGAUACGAACACUUUUAAUAAAUUAUUUUUCAAGUAAUACGCGCAUGCGCGUAUGCGAUCAGUUGUAUUAAAGAAAAAGAGAGAGAAAGAGAAAGAGAGAGAGAGAGAGAGAGAGAGAGAGAGAGAGAGCGAGUUACGAAAGAUAACAGAAGAGUGGAAAGAGUAAAAACGAAAGGGAAGAGGGAACGAUAUAUUCGUGACACAUCCCACAUGCCGACAUUCCUGCAACCCUACCCGAUAGAUCCCGUAGGAUUUAUUUUAAGAUUGGUAUGACGACAGAAAAAGAGAGAGAGAGAGAGAGAGAGAGAGAGAGAGAGAGAGAGAGAGAGAGAGAGAGUGAGUGAGUGAACACGAAGCUUCGUUGCUCGUCUUCAGUAGCGAAUCCGCGAGUGGCUUUGCUGGCACGGGGUGUCGAGACGCGAUCGAACGCGAGUGUUAAAGGAUUCUACGACGUUUUCAAUCGAACGAAAUAAUCCGCGAAACGGUCGAACAGUCGGGAUUCUCUUUACCGCCAUCAUCAAAACCAUCCCUCUCCUCCUCCUUCUCCUCCUUCUCCUUCUCUUCCUUCUCCUUCUCAUCUUCGUUCCUAACCUCCUUCCCCUUCCUGCCCCUACCUAUCACAUAAAAAGAAACUCCGAAAUAUAUUACGUGUAUAUCUAAAUAUAUACGUAUACAUAUGUACAUAUAUAUAUAUAUAUAUAUAUGUAUUUAUGUUUAUUAUGUACCUUCAUACAUAUAUACAGUUAGAAAUUUUACGAAUGCUAAAAUUUCGCGGUCUCUUACGAAUAAUGUCCGCCAUCUUGGUUCAAAAGAAGAAGUAGUAGUAAAAGAGAUAAAGGUGGUAAAGAAAGUUCGGAAGGUAGUCGUUCUUUCGUGAAAAUAGUGCAAGUGGAAGAGAGAAUCUACGAUCCGCAAAAAUCAAAGAAAGAAAGAAAGAAAGAAGAAAAGAAAGAUAGACAGUGAGACAGAUAGAGCAAGAAAAAGAGAGAGAGAGAGAGAGAGAGAGAGAGAGAGAGAGAGAAGGAAAAAAAAGAAAGAAAGAAGAGAUAGCUGCUUUUCACGGGAAGUUAUUCCCAAAGGAGAUUCAAGCUUGCUUUCAACUUUGUAUACCUAACCUCGUUUCGUAGUAAAGAAACGAGAGAUUCUUGGUUCUCGAAAUAAAACGAAGAGAAAUAAAAAAAAAAAAAAAAAGAAAGGAAGAAAUAGAUACUAUACGAUAUUAUUAACGAUCGGAUCGGAUCGAUUCGGAUCGAUUACUUUUUUACGAUCGUUUUACGUCCUCGUAAUAAUUAUGUCGUAGAUUAAUACGUAUGAUUGCACGGUGAAAAAGUGUAUCUGACUAGUUGCCAAAAAGCUUUGAAACUGAACGUUUUACGUAAGAGAAACCAUGUAGUAGCCCGUUUUCAAUUCGUACAUACAUAUGUUCAUAUAUAUAUCUAUGUAUGUAAUAUAUGAAACACUCGUAUUGAAAUCCAUUGGGUUAAAAUCCAGUGUGGAUGAUACCUUUAAAGGGUCCUUUCCCAAUUUCAAAUUGGAAGCUUCUUUUGCCUGCCCCUUUCGAGGGCAUUGAUCCAGAAAGAGAUACAUAAGUGUGUAUAUAUAUAUAUAUAUAUAUAUAUAUAUAUAUAUAUAUAUCGUUUCAACCGUUAUUAUCGCACAUCUGGAAAACUGGAACCAUGAAGAACGCUUAUCCAGUCGUAACGGCAGCCUCGUCCAAUCCGGUCGAUUCGGUCGAUUCGGUCGAUUCUUCAAUAAGUCAAGAUAUAUCAAAGGACGAGAUCGAUAAUCAAACGUCACCAAUAAUAAGACUCAAACUCGACAAACCAUUGCAUUGGUAUUGGGAACUUACGACUACGGCCGACGACGCCCUUCCGGUUAUACAAUUGUUGGACAAGGACGGUCGUUUAUUGGUCGAGACAACAGGUAAAACUGCUCAAAGGGCUAGGGGCUCUUUUCGCGAAGGUUUGAUCAAUUACGAAAAAUUUCCUUUGUCUCGUAAAAUAUCGAGAUCCACGUCGGUUAAUUCCAAACGUGAACCAAUGCAAUCGAGUGGUAAUCGUAAUGUCGACGGUUUCAGUAACAAAUUUGGCCCAUUUGAGUUUGGUUACAAACCGAGAAAAUCCAGGAGCGACGCUAGUAUCAAGGUCAUCCGCGAUAAAAAAAUUAAAAACAAAGAGAACGACAAAGAGAUCGUUAAGAGAUAUUCGACCGGUGAUUUUCUACGUCGACAGAUUUUAGAUGAUUUAAGAACGAAAAAUAUGUUUGACAAAAGCCCCGAUGAGAUUGCCAAGGAACGUUGUAGAAAGGUCAAGGCUUAUUUGAAAGGUCAAAGCGAUAUUGUUCAUUCGUCUAAUCGUAAAAUUAAUCGCGAUUAUUCGAACCCAUUCGUACGGUCCAAUGAUAAAUUAGAUAAGAUAGAAUCGGAAGAGGAUCAUGGAUCCGAUGAUAAUAAUAAAUCGAAAUUUUAUCUAUCUAACACGAAUGACGAUAAUGUCGUUGAAUCGAUUAACAAUGAUUAUGUUGAUUCUGAUAAGCUCGUUAAAAUUCGUAGUUUUUUGACUGAGAAAUUGCGUGAAAGAAUGGAAUCUAAUAAGAACGUGGAUAAUAAUUUGACGAUUAAAAAAUUAUAUUUCGAUCGUAAAAACGUCGUCGAUUCUAAUAAUAUCGAAACGCAUUAUCGUACGAGAAAGGUAAGAAGCGAAACGAACGUAAUUAAUUCGUCAGGAAGAAGAAUGAGAUUCGAGAAGGAGAAUCAGGAGGAUAAUAAUGAUGACGAUGAUGACGACGAUGACGAUGAGAAGGAUAUGAAUUUACGAGGAUCUUUUGGAUUUAACGAAAGUGAAAAGAAAAAUGGACGCAACGUACGUUCUAUAUCAUCUUCGUUCGUUAAAAAAAAUAAUUAUCGUCGAUCGAAGAGCGACGCCUUGCUCGUAAGAAGAUCUAAUGAAUUCGUCGAACAACAAAGAAAAUAUAAAUCCACUAGGAGAGAAUCUACGGAUAAAAGGAGAACAUAUCGUAAAACGAAAAGCGAUCUUCAUUUUGAUAAUCCUAACACCGAGAAGGAAUUGGAUAGGAUCGAAAGAUCCUGGAAGGAUUAUAAGGAAAGAAAGAAACUUGAGAAACUUCAAAGAGAGAGUGGUUUGAAGGAGAAGGAUGAGGAAGAAGUGGAAGAGGAGAAGAAGAAUGAAGAAAAAGAGGAUAAUUUUAUGUUGAAUAAGACAAGAACAACGAAGGACGUUAAAAGGGAAUUAUGCGUUACGAGAAAUUGUAAAGUAUGUCAAAAUCUUCGUAAUUCUUUAGGAUCAACUAUUAACAACGAUAUUAUAUGUCCCUUUGAUAAUAAUAAUGGUACCGAUCGUAUUACCUUUGAAAAAUCAAUUGAUCCUAAUUCCAAAUCAUCGUCCAUUAUCGUCUCGCCCGAUUUUGGAUACAAUUCGAUACACAAGGCCGCGUUCAAAGAUUAUCGUGAAUUGUAUGCACGUUCGAACGUUAAAAAAAGUGCAACGUUUAAAAUAAUAGACGGUAGCGAGGAACACGAGGAUAGCUUUAAGGAAGAUGACGAUUCGAAUUUGAUCGACGAUAAUGAAUCACGUCGUCAGGAUAAAACCGAGACGUUGUCGUUGAUUAAUAAAUCGAACGAGGACAUAGCCAGGGAUUAUUUCAAACGCGUUUACGAACUUUUGAAGAAACGUCAAGAGGAGGCACGUAAGAUAGCUGAGAAACGUGACGUCAUUGGAUACGACGAUUCUUCAUCCUCGAAUUAUGUCGAAGAAGUACGAAGGAGAAAGCACAGGCGUAGAAGGAGAGAUCCUGCUCAGGAGAGCACUUUCCGAGUGACGUUACAAAAGAGCAGUCGAGGUCUAGGCUUAAGCGUUUCCGGUGGUGGUACUGCAGGACCUGUCAGAGUAAAAAGACUCUUCCCAUUACAACCCGCCGCAUUGUCCAACAAACUUCAACCAGGAGAUAUACUCCUCGCCGCCAAUGGAAUUCCUUUAACCGGUUUAACGAAUUACAUUUUUUUGCAGGAAGCAUUAGAAGUAUUACGAACGACCCCGAACACGGUCGAGCUGGUAGUGUGCAGACUUCCGGGUGACACAAAUGUCACACCACCUGGUGCGCCCCCACCACCACCAGCACGUCGUGAGCCACCGCCACCAUUACGAAUUCCAAAUCCUCUGCCGCCACUUCAAAUUGAGCCCUGUGGCGAAUUCGAUAUAGAAAUGAUGAAAGUAGGAGGUAGCUUAGGCUUCACCCUGAGGAAGGCUGACAGCAGUGCAUUGGGCCAUUACGUGAGAGCACUCGUCCGUGAACCGGCUCUCAGCGAUGGUAGGAUUCGUCCUGGUGACAAGAUCGUCGCGGUUGAUGGUGCACCGCUUUCACCGAUGAGCCAUGAAGAGGCUGUGGCACUCUUGAGACAGUGUGGACCAAAAGUAAAGCUUCGAUUGUAUCGUGAUCUGGCACAAACACCGGUUUCCGCUUUAUCACCUACUGAACCGGAUCAUCCUCUUCGUCCACCGCGAACCUGUCUAAGACAAGAAGCCGUGGAUAUGCUGUGCGAUUUGGCAGCUCGAAAACUAUCACCAGGUACAUCGAGUGGUUCCAGUUGUUUGCAAUCACCUGCCGCAUCCUGUACUUCACCGAGAAGACACCGACGACUCGCUACUCGUACACCCACUGCCGAUAACGAUCAAGAGAUUCCGGAGAAGUUUCACGAAGGACAAACAGCAUCUAUAGGGAGUCAGGCUGAGACUUCGGAUUCCGAUCAGUGUUCCGUAAGAACGCAAAUAACGAAUUCGCAAGCUAAUACACCGAUCUCCAAUACGGAUAUCAUCAUAGAUCCACCAUCACAAUAUCACGUAUGCGAGACAACCGAUUCACCAUUGAGAACUCCAACUCGGCCAAGUUUCUUAGAUCUAUCCGCGCCUCAAGGGAAGCCACAUUUUCAAUUUUGCAGCGCCGACUCGGACGAAUAUCCGGUCGAGACUAUGUUAUUCUCCGAAAAGGAUUCCAGUUGUUCGUUCGAGACCGAUUAUCAUGGAAAGGAAAUCCGUGGAUUGUCAAGCGACGAACAGGACAAUGAUUUGCCAUCUGAACCUGCCUCAAUGCCACCAGUACUCUCGUCGACUAGCAGUAAUAGUACUGGUGGUGCCUUCAGUUACAAAAAUCCUGCUUAUCAGAGUGCUAAUCCUGCAUGCGGCGUUACCAUUGACGCCGUAUCAAAGAACAAAGUUACGCAUUCAAGCGAUCAAGAUAUACCAGGUAAGAUUCUUGGAACGGAAGAUCCAGCUGGUAGCAAGGGUUUGUUAAAGUGGAAGGGAGUUAUGUUUGCACCUAGCGACGAUAUGAACGAGUGCGAGAAAGACGUAACCAAAGUCGAUAAAGAUAAUUUGGACUCAACGAUAUCUUCAGAGGGUCAUGAUGAACAGGGAAACGAAGUGUUCAUGGUAGAAUUGACACGCGGAUGGAAUAGUCGAUUAGGUUUCAGUUUAAAGUCCGAAGACAAUCACACUGUGAUAUCGGUGGUACAUCCUGAUAGUGUAGCAGCUAGAGACGGAAGAUUGAAACAGGGCGACGUCUUGUUAAUGGUUAACGAUGAGAGUGUCGAAAGUAUGUCGACGGCUGAGAUAAUAGACUUGUUACGUAAGAUACGCGGUUCUAUAGGUAUUACGGUGAUGAGAAAGAACAAGCAAGAAAAUGCAACGUGACAGUAAAAAUCGAUUAGGUGUCUGAUUAAACGAUCAUAAGAGAUUAAAAAAAAAAAAAAA